UUUAGUGUCACACGUACUGCCGACGCACGCGGAUAUACCCGACGGCUUAUCCCUACUACAUUUAUAACGAUAUAAUAAUCGCGCAUCUAGGCUACUACUAAGCUCGAGGCUCGAGGACUUGGAAAGUAAAUCGUAACGCGACGCAGCUCUGUGAGCAUAUUGUAUUGUGUACAGUUCUUGAGCGAGUGAAAAAUCAAAAGAAAAAAAUAGUGAAAAAAUGUCAUCGCACGACGAGACGAUACAGCAGCAACAGCAGCAGCAACAGAAGCAGUACGUGAUUUUGGAGUUACCCUUGCCCACGUACGAGGAGGUAAUGAGGGAAAAACAAUCAAGGGACGUCAGUGUGUUCACGAUCAGCAAGAGUCGUCCGCAGUACGUUGAGCAGACAGCGGCUUCUCGCGAGCCUUACUGGAAGUCGCCGGACGGUAACAGGCUGUACAGAAACGAUAAUUGUUGUUCCAACAACAACAGCAGCAACAACAACAACAUCGCCUCGUUGCAUGGCCGCAGGAACGAAGUCAAUUUUAUCAUCUUCAAGUACACACUGUACACGAUAACGGCAUUCUCGUUGCUUGCCGUGUUUUUAAUUUUACUGAAGGAUUUUCGCCUAGUUACACCUGUUCAAUUCCCCAUUUCCAGUACAUCGGAAAACGAUUGAGAUAAAAAAAGUGCGUGCUUGUGUAUAAGUGUUAAUGUUUUAUGGAAAAUCAUCCGAGAAACGAAGUUUUAGUUCACGAAAAGCUAAACGUUGACUUGCUGUGAAUCUUUCUUUUGUCAACAACUGUGUUGAUAACGUCAGUUCCAAUUCAUCAUUGAUCCACGUGCAUCGCAAAAAUGCAGUGUCAUGUCAGUUUCUGCGUCGAUUUGAUUGCUGUGAUUCAUCAAAAGACUGUCAAAUGUUGUACUUUUUAGGAUAAUAGGUGUAAUAGGUUUUUUUACAAUUAUUAAAUUUGAAAUUUAGUUAGAAAGUGUCGUUGAAAAGUGUAAAAAGUGUUGUUAAUUAUAUAAUUGUGUGUACUCGUGCACUGUAAUAAUCUAGGCCUAAUUGUUAUGUUAGUUUAUACAUACUACUUGAAUAAAUUAUAUUGUUUUGUUAUCUCAAUUGAUUAAUUGAACCCCGUCAUGUAUAAUGAACUCGUCGGAUCGUCAAUAUAAUAUGUACGGCACAUAUCGAUGCAUAGGCCGCGCACUCUCAUCUACGUCAA